AUGGCUACCCCACCUAUCUAUCGUCCAAAGCCACUUCGGCCCUUUGAGACACAUUCUCUUACCCUUCAACCUCCAAGUCCUACCCUCGCCCCUUCAUCCGAAACUCUCGAAACACCAAGUCGCACUCAUUCCAUCCUCAAUUUAACAUCCUCCACUUUGGGAGGAAUAUACUCGGCAACUGGCCAUGAUGAUUACGAACCAGAGACGCCAUCCACUCCAUGGGGGACAGGAGCUCAAAGCCAUGAAUUAGAACGCAGCCCUCCAGUCUAUCGAAGACAAUCUUUUGUCAUGGCCCCGGCCGUAAAGUCGGCUACUAUAACUUCCCGGAUUUUUCGUUCUAUAUUGCUAUUUGGUUUAGGGUUGUUGUAUGGUCUGCUCGUCAGACAUCUACACGAUGACCGACAUCUUGCGCCACUUCAAGUGGAGUCAAUUAUAAAACCCAGCCAUGAUUGGAGAUAUCUUGUAUUCUGGGGUAUUGCUGGUGUGGGACUGGGAAGUUUGCUGCCUCUCGUAGACAAACUAUGGGAAGAAAAAAUGCGAUCGCCCUUUGGAAACUACAUUGGUGCUUCAUCAGAGGAAGCGAUCGAUGCCAGCGAUUCGCAAGGUAUCCUUGGAGGAGACUGGAUAUUGGCAGUGAGGAGCGUGGGCGCCUUUGUAGGAAUCGCUUUUGCAAUACGCAAACUCCCUUGGGCAUCUGAUAUGCAAGCGUCUCUAACCCUUGCCCUCGUGAACCCAGUCUUGUGGUAUCUCAUUGACCGUUCCAAGCCUGGCCUCGCAUUUUCAGCCGCUGUUGGGGCUACCGGAAGUGCACUUCUUCUUGCUUCAAACUCAGACCUAUUGCCGAGUCCAGCCGCUUCCAUCAAAAAUAGUACCGUAUCUCAUCAAUCAGUUGAUUAUUCAGAGUCCGGGUCAGAGGAUCUAGCCACUAGAGGUAAUCUCGAGGCUGGGAUAUGGAUUGCUAGUGUCCUAUUUUGCAGCUGUGUUUGUUUUGGAAACAUUGGGCGAAGACUAGCGCUGAAUGGUGACACGAGAAGAACCUCAUCUGUUGGUGAACAACAGAGAAAGAAGUCGAUGGCAAGCGUGCAAGCAGCAAGACAAUCACGAUAA